CAGAGGCUACAGUUCUAAUAACGAAAAUUACCCGGAGAAGAGCCCAACUGUUAAAAAAGAAAUCCAGAAACACUGAGCAACUUUUCCAGGGGUCCUUGCCCACGAAGCCCCGCCGUGGCCGGAGCCUCUAGUACUGCCCCUCUCAGAAGACUCCAUUGCAUGCAGAGAACCCGAGAGCCCCAGGAUGCAGAAGGAGGGGGACCCGGAAGCUGCGUGGCUGCGUGUCGCUGGGGCGAGUGUCCCCGGCAACCCCAGAACGCGACUUCGCCCAAGGAGCAGGUGGCGGCCGUGUUCCUCUUGCCCUUGGCUCUCCUGGCUCUCCGUUCCUCGCCUGGCUGCCAGUUGAUGAGUCCAUGUUCACGGGAAAUGAAUGGUCCGCGGGGCUGGCAUCUUCCCUCCAUCUCCAGAGCGACCUGCAGCAGAGAGCUGAAGGUUCAAGAGAAAGGAGACGACGGUACUAAAUGCAAGGAUUUUCCAGAAUCUAAGGGAUGCUUUGCCAACACAACAUCCUUUGACCAAAGGGUCAUCCCCUCAUCUUCUGUUGCAACAGGUCUAAAUAUCAGUGAGCCUUCAGGCGCCUGCCAGUUGUCUGCUCACUUGGACCCUGCUGCUGAUUUGUAUCUGAAAUCCUCCUCCUCACCUUCUGAUCACUCCUCUGAAAUCUCACUGCCUAAAGUCCAAGAGGAUAAAUAUCCCGAGGAGUUCAGCCUUCUUAAGUUGCAGACAAAAGAUGGGCAGCGUCCUGAGUGGACAUUUUACCCGCGGUUUAGCAGCAGUAUCCACACCUACCAUGUUGGAAAGCAGUGCUUCUUUAAUGGGGUCUUCCUUGGAAACAAGAGGUCUCUAUCAGAGAUGACGGUGGACAAGUGCUUUGGGAGGAAGAAAUAUGAUAUUGAUCCCAGGAACGGAAUCCCAAAGUUAACUCCAGGAGACAAUCCAUAUAUGUACGCAGAACAGAGUAAGGGCUUCCACAAAGCAGGGUCAACUCUCCCACCUGUGAAUUUUUCCACGGUACCUUAUGAAAAGAAAUUUGAUACAUUUAUUCCACUUGAGCCUCUUCCACAGAUUCCUAACUUGCCUUUCUGGGUGAAGGAGAAGGCCAACAAGCUGAAGAAUGAGAUAAAAGAAGUUGAGGAGCUUGACAAGUGGCAGCCAGCUGACAAGUGGCAGCCAGCGGUCCCCUUGAUAUACAGUUUAUUCUCUCCUGGUGGGUUAAAGAGCCUUCAAAGAAUAGCAUAAAAACUGGAGGUGAGCCCAGAAGAGCAGGCUUUUGAGAGGCUUCUCCACAGAGAGGAGAGAAGGCAGAGCAUCUCCCCGGGUAGAUGGUGUCUUUUGUCCCAGGUGGUCCCUUCUGCAGAUGUCGUGAGCCGAGUGUGUUGGUUGAAAACUCUUGAUGGAAUACAACCUUUAACUCCAUGCCUCUGUCCACAGAUUCUUUGGACUCCCCAAGGCAACCUUGAGCAGAAACAGGCCCACAGAGCACACACUGACUGAAAACUCCAGGGAGCCUCUUCCAGUUGAUUGCUUCUGUCAGUGUGACUGUUCUAAAUCAAAUAUUUGACUUUGAUAAGGAAUCAGUGUGCUUUGCUUUUUUUAAACUUUAUAUUUCGAAAAAUUUCAAAUUUACAGGAAAGUUGUGAGAAUCGUACUUGAACAAUCAAUUGAACAAUCUAUCACCUAGAUUCUACGAUUGUUAAUAUCUGUCCAAAUUUGUGCAUAUGCUCUCUCAUAUUAUUACUAUUAUUAUUUUGCUGAAUUAUUUGAGAAUGAGUGGCAGACAGCAUAACCUUUUACUCCAACAUACCUUUAUACUUCAGUAUGUAUCUCCCAAGGUCAAGGGUAUUCUCUAGCAAUCACAAUACUGAUAUCAAGCUCAGAGCAUUUAAUAUUGAGACAAUACUCCUACUAUACACUCCACAUUCAGUUUUAUUCAGGUAAAUUUUGUUUUCUAAGGAUGUCCUCAAAUCCAUGGUAAGAUACACACAAUAUGUGGGCUUUCAUUAAUUUUGGUGAAACUAUUCUCAUUUCAUUAAUUCCUUUUGAGAUUUUCUCUGCUAUUCACUUGAUAUACAUGUCAGAAAAACACAAAGGCUGAUCUCCACAAGGCAAUUAAUACUAUUGCCCGGUAGCUCCACUCCCCACUUUAGUAUUGUCUGUCGACACAGCCAAGCAGGGUGACAGAUCAGCCAGCACCAGUCAUGAGUCUUUGGGUCUCUCAUCACAGGUGAGAAGCAAACCUUUGGAAGAAAAGGUGGCAACAAAAGCCAAACCUAUACAGUCAGGCUGUGACUCUCAGCAGUCAAACCAAUGACUUCAGCAUAUCCAUAGCCAAUCUCCUUCUCCACUAAGGAGACCCCACUGGUAGGUUAAUGAGGGGUUCUGAUCUGGUCUGCCCAAAACCUGAAAGUGGAGAGAGACAAUUGGGGCCCAUGCUGAGACUCCAAGUGCCCAAGACAUAAGACACACUUUCUUUCCCUGUCAAAACAUUGUCUUCAGACAAUUCCAAAGCAAAUGAAACAGGCUUAGAACAUGGUACAUUCAUGCUCUCUUCAUACAUGUCUUUACAGAAACUAGGAGAGAUCACGUGGCCCAACCACUCCUUAGGUUAACAUCAGCAUAUCUCUUGCCUUUGGGACACAAGGCCCACCCCACUGCCCAACAGAAUCCAGGAAAAAUAAAACCAAAUAAUUUAGAAAAGGAAAACAAGAGGUUGCCAACAGAUUUUCUCAAAUACGUUAACUUCUGAAAACAAUUUUUUUGUGUGCUUCUAUUACUUAAAAUACAAAAAUGUCAACUGCAGGGGUAGCAGGUUAGCU